GUCGAGAAAGUGUUGAAGAUGAGGCAAGAAGUGGUCGACCAAUAAGCACGUCCACCGCCGAAACCAUUGAUGCAGUCGAAAAACUGCUACGAUCGGAUAGACGACUCAAGAUUAGGGAAAUGGCCACAAAACUUGAUCUCCCAAAGACUACUGUGCAUGAAAUUGUUCAUGAGAAAUUAAAUUUUCGUAAGGUUUGUGCGCGCUGGGUACCGAAAAUGCUUAUAGCAGACCACAAAACCAAACGUAUGCGGAUAUCCAUAGAGCAUUUGAAUCGUGCUCGUAAUGACGAAAGCUUCCUCGAUCACCUCAUUACAGGAGAUGAGACAUGGGUUCAUUAUUCUACCCCUUACAACAAACGAGACUCGAUGACUUGGAAACAUCCCGAAUCGCCAGUUCCAAAAAAAUUCAAACAAACAAUUUCCUCAAAAAAAGUGAUGGCUACUGUGUUUUGGGAUGCACAAGGAAUUUUACUGAUUAAAUUUUUAUCAAAAAAUGAAAUAAUAAAUGCUGACCGAUACAUUGAAACGUUAAAAAAAUUGAAAGAAAAAAAUUCGUUUCAAGAGAAGAGGACAAUUACGCUCAGGAAAUGUGAAACUGCUGCAUGA